ACAGAAAAAAGUUUCUACCCGAAAAUAAUUCGAACGAAACUUCCCACUUUCGCUAGCGUUCCCUCGAAAUUGCUGUCGCUGCCACUCUCUACUCGAUAUCCGUUGCAAUCUGGGGAGCUGAAUCUGCCCUCUGGAGGUGGUUUUGAGGGGAUGGAAAUUUUGUUGGACAAAUUUAGUUUUCCAAGUGUUUUCUGGAGUUUCGGAUGAUCUGAGAUCUGCUUCUGUGCUUCUAGCUCUAAAUUCGAAAGGUUUUGUGCGUCGAGGAAUCCGUGGAGUGAGUCUCGAGUUAUUGCAGGGAUCUGGAGAGGAGACAAAUGGGGAGCCUGAGGAUUAAGGACAAUAGAGACGAGGAUUUAGCGUUGUUUCGGGAAAUGAGGAAGCUGGAGAAGGAAAAGAACGAUCUUCUUCUUCUUCAGAACACUGAUGAGUUUGAUGAUCCUCUUGGGCCGAAAGCUGGGAGUUCUCCGAUUUUUAAUAUGAAUUCCGGCACAUCUGCUAAUGUCCGAAAGACUGGUGCUGAUGAUUUUCUCAAUUCUGACAAUGAUAAAAAUGAUUAUGAAUGGCUCUUGACACCGCCUGGUACUCCUCUAUUUCCGUCGCUGGAGAUGGAAUCCCAAAGAACUGUUAUGAGCCAACUGGAAACACGAAAAGCACGCCCGACGGCCCUGAAGUCUAGACUGGCUGUCCCUCAAUCCGAGCCUACUGCAAGGAACAGUUUACCUAAACAGCAAAGUUCAUCCCCCGGGCUCAAUACUUCAAGUGGAGGACUUCGCAGGCCGUCUUCUUCCGGGGGUUCCAGUUCAAGACCCGCAACGCCAACUGGACGUCCCACAGCAAAUUCGACGUCCAGAUCAGCCGUGACCUCAGCAUCAAAUCGGACCACCUCAGCUUCAACUACAAGAUCUUCCUCGACUACAGCGUCUAAAUCAACACCAACCACUGCAGCAAAACCUUCGAGAUCCGCAACGCCUACGUCACGCCCGACGCUAUCAUCAACAACAACAACAAAGCCAGCAGUUCGUGCCAGAUCUUCCACUCCGACAAAUCGGUCUACUACAAGGCCCUCGACACCGCCGAGCAAACCUGCAUCAAGGUCUACGUCUCGGGCCUCAACUCCCACCCGAAGGCCGACAGUCUCUAACGGUACAAUGCCUGCAGCCGUGUCCUCCAGGUCCCCAGCUUCCUCGACGAUUUCCAGACCAGUAUCGGCUACGGCAAAACCGUCUGCAUCCCGCCCCAGUUCUCCGUCCGUGCGACCCAAACCAUGGAAGCCUUCGGAGAUGCCGGGGUUCUCGCUCGACACUCCGCCAAAUUUGAGAACAAGCCUACCCGACAGACCUCCGUCAGCCACUCGAGGUAGACCCGGAGCGCCGAGUUCCCGAUCGUCGUCUGUGGAACCCGCUCCGAACGGUCGGGUCCGACGGCAAUCGUGUUCUCCCGCAAGAGGUCGACCUCCGAACGGCAUUGUUCGUAGCAGCGGAAGCUCAGUCCCCGUCCCCGCCGUAAACCGGUUGCAGGCUAAGGCAAACGACAAUGUAAGCCCCGUCGUCAUCGGUACUAAAAUGGUCGAACGAGUCAUCAAUAUGAGGAAACUCGCCCCGCCGAAGCAAGAUGACAAGCCCUCGCUCCACCACGGCCAAUUAUCCGGAAAGUCGUCGUCUCCCGACAGCUCAGGCUUCGGAAGGACCCUCUCCAAGAAGUCUCUAGACAUGGCGAUAAGACACAUGGACAUUAGGCGGAGUAUUCCGGGAAAUCUGAGGCCCCUUAUGACCUACAUCCCGGCGUCUUCCAUGUACAGCGUUCGAUCGGGGCCAACAAUAAAGACGGCGAGCAUCUCGGAUUCUCCUCACGGGACGAGCAGCAAUGCGAGCUCGGAAGUCAGCGUAAAUAACAACGCGAUUUGCGGGGAUGGCCCUGAAGUGGACGACGAGGCUAGCAGCGAUAAAGGGAUUGUUCGAUCUCCCACUAGUUUGCACGGCAGGUGAUCGCGUUCUUGAUAAAUGUUUUUCUGUUUCGUCGAAAAUGUCUGCGCUGAAUUGAUCGAACCUCUGCUGGCAGCGAUAGCGACAGCCGAGAUCACUGAUUCGCCGGAGGGACGGUUAUUGUUCAAGGUACCGACUUUUAUGAGUUAAUGUAAAUGUGAUAUAUAUAUAUAUAUAUAUAUGAUCGAUCGAUGGAUGGAUGCAUUGUUUGAUGAGUAGCUACUUGAUAUUGCGGGCUUGUUUGGUUGUGUUACCGUUUGUUUGAGAAAGGGAUGAAUGCAUGUCUUUGUAUUGAUUUGAA